UUUCUCAAUGCAGCCGAAGGGGGCGUGGCUCGCGCGCGCUCACGGGUGUGUCACUGGUCACGCCCACAAUAGGUGACCCGCCCAGGUGUGAAAGUCACCGUGCACUUCCAGCAAGAACAAACACACCUGAGCGACACGAGAGGAGACAGUACUUGAUCCAGAUUGAAAGUGUUUUGCUGAAGAGAACUGAGAAACUGAAGAGUAACAGCAGAAAAACAUCAUUUUUAUCUCCAGAGCUGCUGAAGUGCAUCGUGGGCAACACCUCCGGCUUGUAAAGACUGUGUUUACGGGAGCAGGAUUGCUGGGAAAAGACAUCUGGAGAAACUGAACCAACUGAGUGACAAACUGACCAACGGCAUGCCAGGAAUGAGUGCGCAGGAAACCAGCACGGGAACAGAGAGGAAAGACUCAAAACACAACACAAACGGUCCAAAACGGCCGUCCAAAGGAAGGAGCGUCACCCUGGAGGACGAGGACUGGAACUGGACGGCCAAUAAGAAGGCGGCGCUGAACGCCGGAUCCAAUCUGACGCGAUCGGGAAGCGUUAAAGACCUCAUUUACAGGUUCGAUGGACCCAGCGGGUCGCUGCCUCGGCUUGGGUCGCUGAAGGUCAAAAGUCAAGAAGUGAGCGGUCAGGAUACUGGGAAAAUGAGACAUGAAAGCAAAGAAAGAGGGAAGAACCAGAACCCAGUCUCAUCCGGAGAGAUAUCAGAUCCCAAAUCACAAGAAACCUCAGAGCAGAAACGUCCCGAAGAAGAGAAGAAGACAGAAGACAAGACCAGUCACGCCAAAGAUGGCAAGAAAAACCGCAGUACAGAUAGUCCGGACGCUUCUGUUCCCGGGCCGCAUUCCCACUAUAAUGGCGAGAAGCAGCACCGCAGUUCUCAGUCUGAUGACGAACCCUCGACCCCUAAAGUCCGUCCCAACCCAAAGUACCAGCUCUUCCUGGGCUCCAACGGCUCCGUCACCUCCAAUGGUUCGGUGGGGGACGGCAGCAGCCCGGUCGGCGGCGGGACCAACGGGAAUCUCACGAGGAUCAGUUCUGCCAUGCGUGGAUCCAUGGAGUCGCUGUCGUCACGGGACUGGGACAGCAUGUCCGACAGGACGGGCGGCUUUGAAAGUCCUCCCCGAGUUUUCAACAGUCCAUAUGCGACGCUGUCGUUGGACUACAAUCCCAUCAACAGAAUGUCUGAUUUUAAGACACAGGAAGUGCUGUCACCUACCAUCUCUGAGACGAACCUCUUCGGUCUGAACAGAAGCGCGAGUCCCGUCAACAGUCCGGCUCUGAACCAUCGCUCGCGGAUCGGCUAUGACAGUCUGACCCGCAGACGAGACGUGAGCGCCACACCAAGUCAGCUCAUGCAUCGAAACAACCAGCCGAACAAGCGGGAUUUCGUCCAGGAGUUGACCAAACAGCUGGACGACUGUCGCAGGAGGAACCAGUUCCUGGAAGCGGAGAGCAUCGAGUUGGAAAAGGAGAGGAAUCAGAUCCGCUUCGAGAUGCGCGGUCUGCUGGUGAACAAUGAAGAUCUGCUGCGGACGAACACACAGAUGCAGGGCGAGAUGAACCGGCUCAGAGAGAGGAUCGUCGAGUUAGAGAGCAACAACAACGUGAUGCUGGAGCGCUUCAAACAGAUGGAGAAAGAGCUGAAGGAGGCGCGUGAGGUGAUGGUGGAAGCAAACACUCAAGAAUACGCCUUCAACUUCCUGCAGCAGACGCUCAAGAACAAAAUACAAGACACAGAGGAAGCUCUGGAGAAACAAACUCAACACGCUCAGAUUGUGUCUGAAAAACUGUGGCUCACUGAACGGAGUCUGGAGGAGCUGGAGCUGGAGAAGGAGAACAAAGCCAAGAAAGCUCUAGAACUCAGCAAUAGUGUGUUCAGACUGGAGACGGAGUUGUCAGACGCUCUCCAGGAAGCGAAUCAGGCGCGAUCGGAGCUGAGUUUGCAGCAGAAGCUGCGGGCCGACGCUCAGCUGAGGGUGGAGGAGCUGGAGGAGAGCGUGCUGGAGAAAGACCAGGAGCUGCUGCGCCUCACACAGAUCGUCAGCAGACUGCAGGGAGAGGUGACAGAUAAGCUGAGCGAUAAGGAGCAGACUCUGGAGGAGGAGAUCCAGCUGCGUGAGCGUGUGCAGCUGCAGUGCAAACAGGCCGAGAGGACGGUGGAGGAUCUGCGCAUGGAGCUGCAGACGCUCAGCCAGUCCAGAGACGAGCUCUCCAAACAGCUCAAACUAGCACAGGAGAAGAUCAUUGAUCUGGAGGCCGAUCUGGAGGAGCUGCAGGAGAACGAGCAGCGAUGGGCGUCCAAACACAAGAGAGCUCUGGAUCAGGCCGAACAACUGCAGAUGAAGCUCCUGCAGGAGAAAGAUCUCAACGAGCAGCUGGAGUGUGAGAAGGCCAUCCUGGAGAGACAGCUGCGAGAUCUGCGCAGGGAGAUGGAGGAGCUUCAGAAUAACAGAGUCGAGGUCGAUUCCGUCACUAGAGCCGAGAUCAAAGCGAAAGAGCUGGAGAACACACUGCGUGCCGAGGAGAGGAGUAAAGUGGUCUUGAGCAACACCAUCAGCAAACUGGAGAGGAAGAUUCACGAGCUGACGGAGCAGAUGGAGGAGGAGCACAAGAUCUCCACGGAGCAGAAGGAGCUGAUGACUCAGCGGAUCCGCUCGUUGAAGAGGCAGCUGAACGAGGCCGAGGAAGAGGCGAGUCGACGUGACGUUCAACAUCGACACACACAGAGAGAGCUGAUGGAGGAGAAAGAAGCUAACAGCCGCCUGCAGAGACAACUGCUGGACCAACAGCUGACCAACAAGAGGAAAGAGUCAAGACAAGUUCUAGAAAACCUGAAACUGAACUUCAGCGAAGAUGAAGAUGAGGAAGAGGAACAGGCCGAGUCCAAACCCACACAGAAGCAGAUCUCACAGGUCUGACGGGUCUGAAGCGACCCAACAAACACAGGCCAAACCUAGAACUAUAUCAAAAACUGCCAAAACCAAUUCAAUCUGGAUCUGAACGUAAACCACGUCCUGCUGUCCGUCUCCGUUUCAUCCGCUGAACUGAGACGAGACGCCCACAAACAUUCAGUGCGGGUCUACGAGACAGACCAGAUCCAGAGAAACUCCGUAUGAACCGAACUUAAGAACAGGAAGUCGAUAAUGGUGUGGAAAAGCUGUUUCCUGUGGACUGACACUCUUAGGAAUAUAAUUAUAUCUAGUGUUGGUGCAGACAGAGAUUUCUAGACAAUACUUACAGGAAAAUCUGCUUUACAUUAAAGGACGUCACUGGUUUGUGUCGUUUACAGUAAGCUAUCGGUCUAUUCUACAUGUUCACUGGUUGAUGUUCUCUAUCAAGCUGUCCGUUCUUUUUUCUAAAUGAAUUCAAUCAACUGUUUACAUUAUGCAUAUAUUAGUAUAAACUAGGUAGAAAUGAAUAUUCAUAAUGAAGUGUGUAGUUAUUCAUGGCAUCCUGUUUAGAUUUAUCUUGGGACUUUAAGUGAACUUGCAUGCAUGUGAAUGUACGAACCUUUGUUCUGCUGACGGUUAUUAACCUGUUAAGGGAAUCGUGUUUAAGUGUUAAUGAUAGUAUAACUUGUUGAAAGGGAUCAUCUGUCUGGAUUCUUCACGCGGUCCGUUUAGUGCCACUUAAAAUACAGCAGCAGGGUGUUUUAUAUGUAGGACAAAAUGGUAAUAAAAUAUGCUAAAACAUGA